AUGCUGAGAUUGAACGAGAGUUGGAAUUCACUUCCUCUUUCUUUCUUCAUUUUCUUCUCUUUCUUUUCUUUUUCUUCUUCCUACUUUCUCUUCUUAACGUUUAACUGUUCUUCUUUCUCCCGCCUUUUUCCUCCCGCCUUUUUUCGCGCUUCUAUCUUUUCUCCCAUUUUAAAUUCUUCAUUUUUACUUCCUCCUUCCCUUCUUUUUCUUCCUUCCUCUUCAAUAUUCUUUUUCUUUCUUCUUCUGUAUUCUCAUUUCUUAUCUUAUUCGGUUUCCCGUAAUCCUCUCUCUCCCCCUCCUCCCCCUCCUCCCUCUUCUUCUUCUUCUUCUUCUUCUUCUUCUUCUUCUUCUUCUAUCGUACACCCUUUUGUCGAAAAUGUCCACUUCUUUUCUACUGUCGCUUUUCAUAUUUCUUCUCUUUUCACUCUUUCGUUUUUAUUCUUCCAUCUUUUUCUUCCUCCUCCUUCUUUCUUCGUUUUUAACCGUUUUACCUUUUCCUAUGUUUCUUCCUCCUUCUUUUUUCUUUUUCUUUCGUCUCUUUUUCUCUUUUUCUUCCUUUACCUUUUUCUUCUCUCCUUCCUUAUUUCUUCUUUUUUUUCUCUCUUUCGUUUUUAUUCUUCCAUCUUUUUCUUCCUCCUUCUUCUUUUUUCGUUUUUAACCGUUUUACCUUUUCCUAUGUUUCUUCCUCCUCCUUUUCUCUUUUUUCUUUCGUCUCUUUUUCUUUUUUUUCUUCCUUUUACCUUUUCUUCUCUCUCCUUCCUUAUUUCUUCUCUUUUCCCCCCUUUCGUUUUUAUUCUUCCAUCUUUUUCUUCCCCCUACUUCUUCUUUCUUCGUUUUUAA